UCAUUAGGUAUAAAAAAAACAGUUGGCUAAACAAAUUUAAAAGUUUGUAUGAAAGAAAAAAUAAUUAUUUAAAAAGGUGUUUAUAUAUUUAAAAAAAAAAAGCAAAAUUAAAAAGUAAGUGAUAGGAUACCUUUUCGAAUGUACAACCAUGCAGCAAGUGUUUAAAUAUAUUUUGAUUGCGUUUCUGUUACCUGUAUUAUAUGGAACUAAGGUUUAUCGAAUUCACCCAAUAAAUGGUUUACAAGUUAGAUAUCUCAGAAGCUGGAUUGAAAACGCUGAAUUAGAGAUAAAUGUAUGGAAGGAGCCAAGCAUCCCAAAUAAUCCAGUUGAUAUCCAAGUCAAAGAUGAGUUUCAAAGCAGAUUCAUCGACUUUUUAGAUAAAAAUAAUUUUUCAUAUUCUAUUAUGAUUGAUGAUCUAGAUCUACUUCUUCAACAAGAAAACAUAGAAAGCAAAAGUUUUGGGUAUUCUGGAAAAUUUGACUACUAUAAAUACAACCAGUAUUCGAAUAUCCGUUUUGAACUUUCAAAUCUUGAAAGAAAAUACAAAAAUGCAAAAGUUUUUCACGUUGGAAACUCGUUUGAAAAUCAAACUAUAAAUGGUUUGAAGAUAACUAAUGGAGACGCAAUUUCAAAGCCUGCUGUGUGGAUAGAUGGAGGAAUUCACGCCAGAGAGUGGAUAUCAACAGCUACUGUAAUGUUUUUCAUAAACAGACUUCUGACUGAUUCCGGACCAGAUGUCCAGUUAGCUUUAUCAAAAUACGACUUUUAUCUUUUACCUGUUUUCAAUCCUGACGGAUAUCGCUACACGUUUGGUGGCUCUCAACAAAGACUUUGGAGAAAUACACUAAGUAUAAACCCAUUUGCAAGUUGCAAAGGUGCAGACCCAAAUCGAAACUUUGCGUAUAAGUGGGGAGAAAAAGGUGCCAGUAACGAGCCCUGUAAAGAGUCAUACCGUGGCUUGAGUGCGUUUUCAGAAAUUGAAGUUAAAAAUGUUGCUGGUUUCCUCGAGAAAUUAGCAAAAUCAGUUACUUUAAAAUCGUAUUGGAACUUGCAUGCAUACAGCCAGUUAUUUCUAACACCGUGGUCAUACACAACAACUGAUGCUUCUGAUCAAGAUGAGUUUGUGCGAAUUAGCAAAAUAUUUACAGAUGUAGUUAGCAGACGCUACGGGACCAAAUACCGUGCUGGAUCGCCUGCAAACAUUCUAUAUCCAGCAUCAGGUGGAAGUAUAGAUUGGACCUACGGCUAUUUGGGCGUAAUCUAUUCGUUUGCGUUAGAGUUACGGGACAACGGAAGUUAUGGAUUUGUGUUGCCAGCCGAUCAAAUUAAACCAACCGGCGAAGAAACUACAGACGCUAUAUUAGCUGCAAUAAACGCAAUGAAAUAAAGAAUUAAAAAAAUAUUGACAUUUUACACCACAUGAUGAAUAAUAUUUUAAAAACUUGAA